UAAAUUAUAAUAUAGAAAUACUACAACUGCAACUUGACAGAAAAAAAAGGUGCAACUCAGUGUCCAUCUUGUCAUCAGUUAUGCUAUUGUAAAGAAGUGUAUCAAUUUGCAAAUAUAUAGAACUGCUCUUGACAAGUUAUUGAUGAUAUACACUAAUUUAUAUGAAGUGGAUAUUCACAUAGCGCCGUUGUGUCAAGCAUUAUGCACCAGUUUUUUUUUACCAAUAGAGAUUUGUUUUCCUGUGGUGGUAUUGGUUUGUUUUGCUAUCCCGCUGUGCUGAAGUUUUCGUGAUAUGAUUGUGUAACAAGUGCCAAUUAGGUGCAUGCAGUGAAUUAACAGUUCAGAAAAUGCUGCAAUCCAUCAAGUGUUAUUUGAUAUUUACAGAAGGCAGACGUUCUUAUUUGUCACUGACCGCAGAAACCCCGAUCACUUGUUUGCAUGUACACAAAAAUAUAUACUCCUAGUUUCUAUCCAUUUUAUGGAAGGCAUAUAGUGACAGUUGAACAAUCAGAUAUCUCCUUUGCUGAACUUAUAGUGGGUUUCAAUAUUACUGAAGUUAUAGUGGGUUUCCUACCAUCGUCAUAAAAGAGAAGAUACCAUGUAUCUAACUCAGACCUGAUCAUGUUUUCGGAGUUGGAUAACACAAGUUAUUAUGGGAUUAUGAGAACCAUGAUCACAUCGAUGUGGAAACUAACUGUUAUUGGAGUUAUGCUACUCAAAUUAUGUAUGUAAGCUGACAUGUAGAUAACCUCUGAGUCGCGUGCUCGUGGCUCUUCGAUCUGCAUCGUCAUAGUCUCUGGCACAUGUGAUCCUAUCAGACGGACAUCAUCCAAGUUGACCAUGCAACUCAAGUGAGCUGGUACCAGUCCGUUCUUUGUCAAGAUCUCAUCAAGGUUGCUUGCACAAUUGUUUACUGUGCCAUUUAUCUAAAUAUCUGUAAUGUGUGCUUGUAAUAUUGACUUAUGAUAAAAUCUCCCUCCGUUCCAAAAUACUUGAAGUUCAAAGUUUGUCCUAAGUCAAACUUCUUUAACUUUUGACCAAGUCUACAGAAAACUAUACAGACAUUUACAACACCACAUUAGUUCAUUAGAUUAACCAUAAAAUAUAUUUUCAUACUAUAUAUGUUUGAUAUUGUAGAUAUUAGCAAAAUUUCCUGUACACUUGGUCAAACUUAAAGAAGUUUGACUUAGGACAGACCUAGAACAUCUAGUAUUUUGGAAUGGAGGGAGUAGUUAAUUGGCAACUCUUUUCUUUGCGUGUUUAGUAGUUCCAAGCCCAAUAUUAUUUUUAAACCUCAUAUACUUCGAACUGGAGGUACACCAGAUAUAUUGUAUGCUUUUCUUGUUCUUGUUUAUAGAUAAAAGGUGUAUACCUGUUUAUCAGUAGUAUACAGAAGAUUGUACAUUUUUUUUUGAAGUAAAAUGUUAUUGAGUUAUUGAAAAUGGAUAUGCAUGAUGUUUUUUCAGUCGAACUCUUAAAAUAUGAACUUGUCAUGGUGGUUGAAAUGUUCGUAAUAAUGUUAUAAGUUAAGUAACAGUACCGAAAUAUGUUUCUCAUUCAUACCACUGUUAGUGGUUGAAUGCAAGAUUGAUUUUUUAUAACGGGUCGUUGUGAAUGCUUGACUAAUUUCACAUUAUUCUUGUUAUUUGUAUGCAUACAAUUUCCAAAAAACUAUCGCAUGCACACAGCAUCUCUUGACCCAAGGGUUGGCAACUUAUACAUUGUCUGCAUGUUCAUCUAGCCACUAGCCUUCUACCAGUACUGACGGUAUGCAACUGGAGACUCGCUGGGAACCACCACCGUCCAUUUACUAGGAUCAGGAUGAUGAUACAUGUGGGCAUGUGGUUACAAACCUGCUUUUAGAUUCCCACAGCUGUGUGUGACUACAUUCCAAUGUGUAGUUAGGUACUUAGGUCUCUCAUAGAAAUGCACGAACACAAUUUUUCCUCUUCUGGUUCAGGACCAUCCUACUCCUGCCUUGGUUUCCUCGGUGCAAAAAGAACGAUGAUGGUUUCAUGAGAAUGGUGCCUUGUCCAAUGAAGAAACAUGGGACAAGCUAGUAGCCUCCAAUUUAGUUGUUCGGGAAAAUGGACGGUGGGCAGUAGUCUUGCCUAGAGGUGCUUGCUUGUCUCUUUUGAUGUCCCUUUUUUUAUAUUCUUUUAUUGCUCUUUUGUGAUUCUUUUGUCAAAUCACCAACUUGUAGCGUCUCCAUGACCACUAGAACUAAAAUAUACUCCCUCCGUCCCAAAAUUCCUGUCUUCAAUUUAUCAACAUAUCUAAUCGUACGCACUAAUAACAGGAUUAGUUCUAACAGAUACGGAUGUAUCUAAUACUAAAAUGUGAAUAGAUACAUCCGUAUGUAGACAAAUCUAAGACAAGAAUUUUGGGACGGAGGGAGUACAACAUGAGUUCUUCUGUUCAUUUUAUCUCUAGUACCUGGCCCAUGAAUUCACCAUUAGUAAUUGUUUUUCUCUGUGAAGAGGAGCCCAUGAAUUCACUAUUGGUAAUUGUUUUUCUCCUCUGGGAAGAAGAUCCUGUGAAUUCACUAUUAGUACUCCCUCCGUUCCAUAUUAGUUGUCGCUGAAACGGAUGUAUCUAGACGUAUUUCAGUGCUAGAUACAUCCGUUUGAGCAACAACUAAUAAGGAACGGAGGGAGUAAUUGUUUUUCUCCUCUGUGAAGAGGAGCCCAACCUGAUAAGUAUCAAAUGUAAUAAUAUCUUCCACUUGGAAUUCAGGCAGAGGAUCUAUCCACACCAUGGCACAAAGCUGAGUUGAAGCAUAUAACAUAUGAUGUUCUUCUUCUAGAUCAUCCUGCCAAGGAUGACGACAAAUAAGAUACUGCACCACCAGGAGCUACAUGGCGAUCAAUCCAUCUCUGAUGUUUCAGGCAUAGUGGAUGAGACCUUGGGAAAGAGUCCCUUGGAUAGGCAGGGUACACUGAAAUACAGGGUGUUUGCUAGUACUUGGAAUAUCGGUGGUGUAGCACCAACAGAUGAUCUGGACUUGGAGGAUUGGUUGGAUACAAGAGCUAACUCCUACGACAUCUAUGUUCUAGGGUUCCAAGAAAUAGUGCCACUGAAUGCAGUAAAUGUGCUUGGUCCUAGCAAGAGGUGUAUCUCUACAAAGUGGAACUCACUAAUUGGGAAGGCACUAAACAAAAAGAAGACACGGGAUGGAGCACAGUUGCAGCAUACAACUACAAAUAGUAGUGCAAUGGAAAGCUUUGCACAAGAGGGGUGCUUUAUAUGCAUCAGGAGCAAGCAGAUGGUGGGCAUCUUUACCUCAGUCUGGGUGAGAAGCAAUCUUAGGUCAUACAUUCACCAUCUGGAUGUGUCAUGUGUUGGUUCAGGUAUCAUGGGCUAUCUAGGGAACAAGGGUUCAGUAUCAGUUCGAUUUCUGCUGCAUGAGACGAGCUUUUGUGUUGUUUGUUGUCACCUGGCUUCAGGUGGCAAACAAGGGGAUGUGCUGCUAAGGAACUUUGAUGCAGCGGAUAUACUUGCAAGGACGAGAUUCCAUGGUGGUGGACAUAAAAAACUGCCAAAGAAAAUCCUCGAUCACGACCAAGUAGUUUUGCUCGGCGACUUGAAUUAUAGGAUAUCACUGGAAGAGCCUGAGACAAGGUUGCUGGUGAAAGCUAAGAACUGGUCCACCUUGUUAGAGAACGAUCAGCUAGUGUCUGAAUUCUCAACGGGUCGGCUUUUUGAGGGCUUUCAGGAAGGGCCGGUCACCUUCUCUCCCACCUACAAGUACCAGCCAAACUCUGAUCAGUACUACUGGUGCUUUGAAGCAGCGCGAGGGGAGAAGAAGCGUGCUCCCGCAUGGUGUGAUCGCAUUCUUUGGCGCGGCAAGGGCCUGAAACAAAUCCAAUAUGGGACCUGCGACUACAAGUUGUCAGACCACCGGCCGGUGAGAGCGGGUUUCAUUGCCGAGUGCAGGAUCAGGGGAGAUGCGGAGGACUCUAUUGGUGGCUUCAUGCGCUGAACUCUGCAGCCGAUGGUCGAGAUGGAAGUUAUGCACCAUCCAACCAGAGGCUCUGCCGUCCGAUCUAAAAUAUGGAACAAUCACGGACAUAGCGAAACCAUGAUGAAUUUUGACGAGAUCUUGAGUGUUCGUUGACGACCAGUGCGCAAUUGGGAAGUAGACUAGUCUGAUGUUCUUAUCAGUGACGCUGUAUAAAUUUUUUGUUCUCAUCCUCAUCUCUAAAACGUCUUAUAUUUUGUUUACAGAGGGAGUAUUUUACCUAGCAAGUAUUUUGUACACACUAUGGCUAAAAGAAAUUAGGAGUUUUCCAGUUGAACAUA